AUGGCUUCCAACCCACCAAGUGCUUGUUGUGCUCAAACUAAUUUCCACGAAGGUACCCCAUUGGGUACACACCAAGAGGUAUUUGGAGUCGAUACUUACAUUGUUGGAGAAUCUAGUAACAUCUUAGUUAUCUUAACUGAUAUUUUUGGUCAUAGGUACAACAAUGUUUUGUUGGUUGCAGACGCUAUUUCCAAAUCAGGAUACAAAGUUUUAAUUCCUGAUAUUUUAAAUGGUGAUCCACUUAAACCAGGCGAUGACUUCCAACCAUGGUUACCUAAACAUACCCCUGAAAUUACUGCUCCUAUAGUUGAUAAUUUUUUAAAAAGAGUCAAAGAAGAAUUGAAACCAACUUUCUUAGGUGGAAUUGGUUAUUGUUUUGGUGCAAAGUUUGCUGUUCAAAAUUUGUCUAUUAAUGGGUAUUUAGAUGCUGCAGCUGUUGCGCAUCCUUCGUUUGUUUCGAUGGAAGAAGUGAAAGCGAUAAAGCGUCCAAUCAUUAUUUCUGCUGCUGAAACAGAUCAAGUGUUUGCUCCAGAAUUGAGACAUCAAACUGAAGAUGAAUUGGCUAAAUUGGAAGGAGUUAGAUACCAAGUUGAUUUAUUCAGUGGUGUUACACAUGGAUUCGCUGUAAGGGGUGACAUCAAAAAUCCAAUUGUCAGAUAUGCCAAAGAAAAGGUUUUGGCCGAUCAAUUGGCAUCUUUCAAGAGUGUUCAAGCUUUGGGCCAUUAA